AGGUAUUGAUAGAAUUUACAUUAGAAGAAACUAUAGACGAUUUCAUUCUUCACACGGAGGUACUUUUUUUUGAUGGAAAUGGACGGUACGGCGCCUCUUGUAGCUUUAGAAAAUGGACUGGAUAUAAAGCAGUUAUUGACAUCUGGAUCUGUUUUACAAAUAAAUGAAGAUUAUGAUGAUUUAGACCAUAAUAUUCAAACAGUAAAUGAAGAAACUAAAAAUAAAGACCUUGAUGUAAUUGGUGAACCAGUGAAAUCAUUCAGUGCAAUUGAAAAACAUUUAACGAAUGUAGAUGAACAAGGCUAUGUGAAGAAAAAGAUCUUGGAGGGAGGUGGUGGUAUGCCUUUGCAUGAAGGAUGCACCGUUUCAAUAGCGUUUUCAGGUUAUUGGGAAAAUGAAUCAGACCCCUUUGACAUACAAAAACCAUGUAAACCAAUGGUGGUGGAUCUGAAAGACAAUGGCUUGUUGCCUGGGCUUUUACUUGCAGUAAAGUCUAUGUUAGUUGGAGAAACUUCAAUAUUCCUUUUGUCUCAUGAAUUAAUGUAUGGUGAGCUGGGAGUGCCACCUAGAAUUAAACCUAAGGCAAAAUGUGUUUUCUAUGUAAAAUUAAUGAAGAGUAUACUUACACCAAAAGAAGGACCACUUAAUCUAUCAGAGCCAAAUACUUUUGUAAGAGUACACAAAGAAGUAAAAAUGUUAUAUGUAUCAGGCUUAAAAUGGCAUAAAUUAAACAACUAUACCUCUGCAAUACAACUAUUUAGGAAAGGUGUCAGUAUGUUACACAGAUGCCGCUUAGCAGAUGAGGCUGAAGAGGAAAUUCAGAAGAAGUUGUUGAUUAAAUUAUACACUAAUCUGGCAAUAUGUUAUAAUAUAAUCAAGCAGCCAUAUAAAGUAUGCAUUGCAUGCAAUGAGCUGAAUAGAUUGGGAAGUUUGUGGAAUAACAGUAAAGUGCUUUACCAGAAUGGUAAAGCUUUGAGAAUGAUAGGACAAUUCAGCUUAGCUGAGAAAAAACUCAAACGUGCCAUAAACCUAUGUCCCAAUAAUAAUGAGCUCAAGGUUGAAUUUGAUUUACUAGAAAAAAUGAGUAAUGACUAUAAUCUAAAGAAAUCAUUGGAAAACAGACCGGCUGAUAGGGAUUCAGUGGACAGUGAUUUUAAAAAGGAAGUUGAUAGUUUAAUUAAAAACUUCAAAGAAAAUAUGGAUUUGUGCAAGUUAACCUUGCCUGCAGGAAUGAAUUCUUUAGAAAUAGAAUAUAUAAAAGAAGCAUGUGUUCGAGAAAAUGUAUUUUUUAACAAAAUACAAGCAGAUUAUUUAUUAGAUAAGGAUGAUGCAAAAUCUGCUGAGUUAGAAAACGAAUCUGAUCUUUUAGACUAUAUUAUGUAAUUGAAAAUCUUAAAUAUUUUUCUAAUAAGAAGCAAGGAGUGCAUUUUUGUGAUAUUCAAUUAAGGAAAAAAUUAGUAUCUUUAUAAAAAUCAAUCAUCUUAAGUAUAGUAGUCUAUUUCCUUUAAAUAAAAAAUUACUUAUAA